ACCUAAAAGGGGGAUAAAAACAACAACAUAGAACUGUUCCACAGAGAUACCGAAUAUUCUGUCGAUCAUCAGUUGAGCUUUUGGAUGGUUCGCCUACAGUUUCAGAGUGGUACUGAAAAAAAAACACAGAGAAACUUCCAAAACUCUCUGCCACACAGAAAGGCUAUCAAAAAUGUUUCAGCUUUCCAGGACCCCCAUGCUUACAUUUUUACUCCUGAUUGGUGCGGUGAACCUGUAUGUUGCGGUGACGAACCUGCAGACGUUCCGCGGCUGUGCGGUGCGGGAGUUCUCCUUUGUGGCACAAAAGCCGGGUUGCCGCAGCCUGCGCAUACACACAGAGGCCUGCUGGGGCCGCUGCCAGACAUGGGAGAAGCCAGUCCUGGAGCCGCCCUAUGUGCAGUGGCACCACCGUGUCUGCACCUACAGCCGCACACGCCACCUAACCGCACGCCUGCCGGGCUGUCGUCCCCAUGUGUCCCCGUUGUACCCAUACCCUCUGGCACUGCAGUGUGACUGCGCUAUCUGCUCCAACCUGGACACCGAGUGUGAGACCUUCUGA